AUGUUGGCUGUGACAGAAAAAAGCCUCCAUAUGGAUCCUUCUGCUGUUGAUUUGCUGGUGGCCAGUGUCCAGGCCUGGGACCUGACUGGUGACUGUGUUCCUUGUGAGUUGCUGCUCAUCAGAGAGACUGCCUUCCCAGUGCUGGUGAACCCUCAGGGGCAGGUCCUGAUCACUGCCUCGCAGUAUGGGAAGGGCUGGAUAGUGCUGGUAGCUCACAAGGGAUACCUGGGGAAGCCCAAGAUGGCUCAGUUCCUUCAGAAUGCUGUCAGCUGGCUCAGUGUCUUCCCCCCAAGCAGUUUGGGGUUCCACAACAACUUGAGCGCUCUCAUGGAUAUUCUCCGUAGGUCUGGCACUAGAAUUCAGCCCUGCUCUGCAGUCACUUCUUCGCUCGGCGUUUAUUGUACAGGUACCUAUGAUGAUACACAGAUGAGGGACCUGAUCCAGUUUGUAAAGAAAGGUGGGAGGUUGCUCACUGGGGGUCAGGCUUGGCAUUGGGCCUAUGAGCACAGCCCAGAGAGAGCGCUGUUUGAUUUCCCUGGGAGUGUCACCCGUGCGGCUGGCAUGUACUUCACAGCCAGAUAUGCUGGGACAGGGAUCUUUAACGUCUCAGGAAUAGUGCCAGUGAUUCCUCUGAUCGCUCCAUGAGUAUCCGAACCAUUCUACACAUGUUUAAAGGUAUCGCUAAAAGUACUGUAAAAUAUUAUGUAGCCUCUCCAUAAUGAAGGUGUCAGUCUGCUUCCAUUAUAAAGCUCUUUGUUAACAUCCUUAUAACUUCAAGAUGGAAAAUCUGUUUGGCCUGAAAAAUACUGUACAGUCUCUGAAGGCAAUAAAUAAAAAUUU